UCAUUGGCUUCCUAAAAAAAGUUUUGAUUUGUCAUUGAGUUAAAUGGAGCUGCAUUGAUUAGAUCGAUAUACAUUAAAAAUUAAAAAUUGUUCGAUUCUCGUUGUAGAUGCGACACGCGCGACGUUCGUUUAUUUCUCGAGUAUGAAAUAUUUGCAAAUCGUUAUGUGACGUUUGAAAAUGUAGAUUGUAAUAAUUUAACCUUUUUUUUUUUAUAUAUAUAUAUAAAACUUUCCUUAAUUUUUUUUUCUUUUUUUUUCAUUUCAAACGAAAAAUGGCUUUGAACGGAUUUCUUUAUCAAAAUUCUUCGAUCUCGACCAACGUUUGUAUAAACGACGAUUCGAAAUAUCGCAAUCUGGACGAAUCAAACGAGGAUGCCAAAAAUGGGGAAGAUGUAAAUGAUUCGUUAUCGACGUGUCACGUAUCGUGCGACAACAAUUUCAAGGAAGAAGAAAAUUCAAAAAUCCACGAAGAAAAGGAACCGUUCGAAUCUAUCAGUGCUCCCCUCUCCCAAUGUUACAACAUGGCAGAAACGGAUCCUCUGGUCGAAGAGUUACUUAAACAACUUCCCAGGUAAUAUUUGCAUCGCGUGAAGAACGACGGAAAGAGCGUCGAUAGAGAACGAAUAAGUAACGAAUGAUGAAAAUGAGAGAACGAUUGUGGGUCGUGGAUCGACAGAAGCACGGACGACUAUCGCAAACACUGGGAAAUGAUACUCCACUGCGAGAGGGCCGCGUUUCCAAGGACGGAGUCGAAUUUGCCCCUGCCCUCGAGGGAGGUACGUAUAUCACCGGAGGAAAGCCCGGCGAAUUCAAAAGCCGAGAACUCAAUUAACCCGAACGGCUAGAACUCAAUUACGAAUGUCGGUCGGCGGGAACGAAUGCGGUGGCCGGUAAUUAAAAAGUUAUUAUGCCCAGGCCCGUUUCUACUGGCAUUUGUACUCAACCGCGGUGAAAAACUCGCGUUUGUACCAAAAACAAGUGAAUCACGCUCUCCUCGUUACGUUGGCCAAGUAAGAAUUUAAUGGUUACUUCAUUGAAAUUAUACGUACCUACUUAUCAUCCUUGAUUCGAUGAAUUUUGAAUGAAUUACGUAGAAUCGACGUAAUUGGAGUUUGAUUUAAAACCAAAUCGGUGGAUUUAUAUUGUGCAUGUAUAUAUAUAUUGAUAUUAUAUAUCGUAUGGAAUAACGAUACGAUAUUAAAUCCAUCCUUUGAAUUAUUCUUUUUAUGAUACAUUGAAUUGUCAUACAUGAUUGGUGAAAAUGCGAGAAAUCAUUUAUAGGAUAUAUCUGAACAGAGAAAUGCAUUUUCAUUGUCACAGACUUGUACACAGUGAGAAACAGAAGAAAUAUAUCAGUGUUUGGGAACAAUUAAUACGUUUACAAACGUUCGAUCGAAUUAAUCGGAAAAAUUUGAUCAUUCAUCUGGAACGAAUUAUAUGUAAACAGACUAGAUUAAGAUCCAUUUGUCUGGAAGGUUUAUCAUUAACUCCUGACGAAGGUGUACGGCUACUAUUGGCACUGCACAAUUCCCGUAAAACGAUAAAACAUGUAUAUUGUUGGCGAGCGUUCGAAAAAAUGGUAGGUCUCACGGUGGAUACUGUUCAUCACUUCAAAUCAGGAUUUUAUGCGAACAAAAGAAUCAAAAAAAAUGACUGGUUUCGCGCAAUCGGUUGUUUGGAAUUUCUCACCACUUUGUCAAUAAAUUACGCAUACAUAGCGACACCCACGGGAGAUUUACUCGUCCGUUUGGCCAAAAAACUUAGAACAAAUUGGCAUUGGUUACAACUAUUAUGUUUAGAAGAAGAAAUUUUGCAAAGAACUGAAGAUGGAGGUUAUGUUGAAAAAGUUUUGAUACCAGACAGAGCUUGGAAAGCAGCACAUUUUUGGGCACCAGUACUGAAAGUACAAUAUGCUAUUAUAGGAGUACCAGAGUACGAUAUUCACAAAAAAUUUUUUACGAAACACACUCCAAUUCAUACUUUUGCACUAUCGACGAGUAUCGAUUUGAGAUUUCGACAACCAUGGUAUAUCGAUUGCACAAUUAAAACACUUUGUACAUGGUAUGCAGAUACUUUAGUAUACCUAUGUCUACAAUUAUGGCAUAAUCGACAGAAUUUGGACAUUCAAUUAAGACGAUUAUUUCUUUAUUUACCAUCGCUUAGAGUUUUCGAAUUUAUUGGUGAAAUUCGAACAUUAAAAACACUUUGUGCAAUGUGUUGUCAAAUACGAUCUUGUCGUUGCAACGUUUAUCAUGUUAAUAUGCAACUUCAAGAUGUUAUACAUAAUGGUUUUGAAAAAGAAAAAUGGAUAAAAAGCAUAAGGUGUAUGAUGAUUUGUUUUAAGCAUGAUUUUGAUAGAAUGGGAGUUAAAUUCAACAUUGAUUUUUAUUGUUGUUGAUCAAUAUUCGUGUAUUAUCAAUUAUCAAAGAUUUCUAAAAGUCAAAAUCUCAGUUUUAAUAAUUAUUUUAUUAAUUAUUAUUUGUGCAAAAUAGCAUAAAAGUAAAUGCCUAUAAAAUGCACGUUAUAUAAAUACAAAAUAAAAAUUACUAUUAUAGUAAUUUGUUUAUAAUUUUAUAUCGCAAAUAAUUUAAAUAUUUCGUAUAUUAUGCUUCUGUUGUUUCUUGUUGUUCAAAUUUCGGAUAUUUUUCUUCGACUUCCAACCAUGUAAGUUUGCCAUUGGUUAAAUUUUUUACUACUUCGGGAAUUUGGUCCAACUAUAAUUUGUAAUAAACAAUAAUUUAACU